AUGCAUGAGAAGUGUAGACAUUUUAAGAAGAGCGACGUAUUCGAUUUAGUCUUGACGGAACAACUUGGAAGUUUUUUCCAGACUACAAUUAUGAAUGUUAGAAUUCAGUUAAAUAUCGACUCUAUUGAUUACAGCGCAAUAUAUGCACACUUGAACCGCUUUUACUAUUUGACAAGCUUGACGGUAAGGUUCUCAGGUCCAACGACAACAAAAAUCGCCUAUUCUUUCCUGUCAAGCAUUCCAAUGGCACACAAUUCAACUGUUGAUUUGUUCAUUGAAGACGAGCAUAAUAAUGCAGUCAUGGCUCAAAUAGCCAGCUCUCACAGCAGAAAGGACAUUGAUGUAAAAAAGGCUAGCAAUCGCAGUUCUUACAGCGAUAAAAAAAGGAGGACCCCUUCGCCUAUUAGAAAAGCUAUAGAAAGUGUAAAGAAGUUGAAAACACUGUACUUUGAACAGCAAGAGGGAAAGAAUGACGAUACUGAAAGUGAAGAUAUUCCUGCCGCCGCUGGCCAUGACAUGCUCUUGAAAGACGUACAAAGUCAACAAGACGCAGAAAAUAAUAUAAAAACCAUCAUAGCACCCAAGUUACUGGAAACAGUUAUUGCUUUUCAGAAAAAUUGGAUAUUUGCAACGCAAUUUGAAGCUUACGGAACUGGACGAAAAGUUCAUCCUCCUUGGAAUGGGCCUGCCGGAAGCAGUACCCCGUUGGUGACACUGAUUUCAAUUAUUCUGAGUCAUAUUUCUCACCAAAAAGAAUUUGACAAUGCUGACUACGACUUGAUCAUGAAGCUGUUCAAAGCUUUACCAAAGUUAAAAGACUGGCCAAACUGCAAUCAGAUCAAGAAUUUCGAAACAGUAAAAAACAGACUAGUUGCCAACGAGAGGAAUUCGGAUUUGAUAAAUCUGGCAGAGUAUAUGGGGAAGAUUGUAAUUUGA